GGGGUGGAGACUAAAGAUCCUGAGGUGGGGAAUCGGGAGUUUCUGGAUUCUUUAUCCGGUAUUUUAAGGGCCACUGGAGGACUGUGGCUUCUGCAGUGCUUAGGAGGAGCUGGGGCGCGAGGAUUGGCGGCGCCGUGGCGCGGAGAGUAAGAAAAUUAAUCUGGUUAAUCUGAGUUUUGUGAAAAAUCAGGGAAAAGAAACUAAGGAUAGUAGACAAGGUUUUUUCCAGUUUCCAUAAUAUUUCCCUCAUGGAUACUUUUUCAUAGCAUUAUUAUGUGAUGUGAGAAGUUUUUUUUUGUGUGUGUUCUUUUUUUUUGAAAGUAACAUGGAUUUUAUACUACAGAAAUCAAGAAAUUGGCUUUAUAGGAAAAAUUGAUUUAUAAAAGUGGUAACAGGUUUUAUAGAUAACCAUGACAACAUCCCAUAUGAAUGGGCAUGUUACACAGGAAUCAGACAGCGAAGUAAAAAUGUUGGUCUUGCAUCACCAGAGGAAUACCACAAGCACCGAGAGAUGGCUGUUGACUGCCUGGAGAUUUGGGCACCAGGAUGAUGCCAGUAAGACGAAGUGCACAGUUGGAGCGGUAUUCGACAACAGCAGGAUGACAUGAGACUAGGAGAGAGGAAGAAGGGAAAAAGCAAGAACUUGACCUUAAUUCUUCCAUGAGACUCAAGAAACUAGCUCAAAUUCCUCCGAAGACUGGAAUAGAUAACCCUAUAUUUGACACGGAAGAAGGAAUUGUCUUAGAAAGUCCUCAUUAUACUGUGAAAAUAUUAGAAGUGGAAGACUUGUUUUCUUCACUUAAACAUAUCCAACAUACUUUAGUAGAUUCUCAGAGCCAGGAGGAUAUUUCACUGCUCUUACAACUUGUACAAAAUAAAGAUUUUCAGAAUGCAUUUAAGAUACACAAUGCUGUCACAGUACACAUGAACAAGGCCAGUCCUCCGUUUCCUCUUAUUUCCAAUGCACAAGAUCUUGCACAAGAGGUACAAACCAUUUUGAGGCCAGUUCAUCAGAAGGAAGGACAAGAACUAACUGCUUUGCUGAGUACUCCACAUAUUCAGGCACUUUUAUUGGCCCAUGAUAAGGUUGCUGAGCAGGAAAUGCAGCUAGAACCCAUUUCAGAUGAAAGAGUUUAUGAAAGCAUUGGCCAGUAUGGAGGAGAAACUGUAAAAAUAGUUCGUAUAGAAAAGGCUCGUGAUAUUCCAUUGGGUGCCACAGUUCGUAAUGAAAUGGAUUCUGUCAUCAUUAGCCGGAUAGUAAAAGGAGGUGCUGCAGAGAAAAGUGGUCUCUUACACGAAGGAGAUGAAGUUCUGGAGAUUAAUGGCAUUGAAAUUAGGGGAAAAGAUGUCAACGAGGUUUUUGACUUGCUGUCUGAUAUGCAUGGUACUUUGACAUUUGUUCUGAUUCCCAGUCAACAGAUCAAGCCUCCUCCAGCCAAGGAAACAGUAAUCCAUGUUAAAGCUCAUUUUGACUAUGACCCCUCAGAUGAUCCUUAUGUUCCAUGUCGAGAGUUAGGACUGUCUUUUCAAAAAGGAGACAUCCUUCAUGUCAUCAGUCAAGAAGAUCCAAACUGGUGGCAGGCCUACAGGGAAGGGGAUGAAGAUAAUCAGCCUCUUGCUGGUCUCGUUCCAGGGAAAAGCUUUCAGCAGCAAAGGGAAGCCAUGAAGCAAACCAUAGAAGAAGAUAAGGAGCCAGAAAAAUCAGGAAAACUGUGGUGUGCAAAGAAGAAUAAAAAGAAAAGGAAAAAGGUUUUAUAUAAUGCCAAUAAAAAUGAUGAUUAUGACAAUGAGGAGAUCUUAACUUAUGAGGAAAUGUCACUUUAUCAUCAGCCAGCAAAUAGGAAAAGACCUAUCAUCUUGAUUGGUCCACAGAACUGUGGCCAGAAUGAAUUGCGUCAAAGGCUCAUGAACAAAGAAAAGGAUAGAUUUGCAUCUGCAGUUCCUCAUACAACUCGGAGUAGGCGAGAUCAUGAAGUGGCUGGUAGAGAUUACCACUUUGUUUCACGGCAAGCAUUUGAGGCAGAUAUAGCAGCUGGAAAGUUCAUUGAGCAUGGGGAAUUUGAGAAAAAUUUGUAUGGAACCAGCGUAGAUUCUGUACGGCAAGUGAUCAACUCUGGCAAAAUAUGUCUCCUAAGUCUUCGUACACAGUCUUUGAAGACCCUCCGGAAUUCAGAUUUGAAACCAUAUAUUAUCUUCAUUGCACCUCCUUCACAAGAAAGACUUCGGGCAUUAUUGGCCAAAGAAGGCAAGAAUCCAAAGCCUGAAGAGUUGAGAGAAAUCAUUGAGAAGACUAGAGAGAUGGAGCAGAACAAUGGCCACUACUUCGACACAGCAAUUGUGAAUUCAGAUCUUGAUAAAGCUUAUCAGGAAUUGCUUAGAUUAAUUAAUAAACUUGAUACUGAACCUCAGUGGGUGCCAUCCACUUGGCUGAGAUGAAGGAAACAUCUGUUCUGUGGCAUGACUGAACUUGAUCUGGCAAACUGCCAAUAGGAAGAUGGCUCCAAUACUUCAAGAUUGAGGAUAAGGGUGGAAGAUGGCAGGAUAAACUGCAGACCUGUUAGAUUUUUUAAACUAGUGAGAAGUCCCCUUAGGCUAUUUGUGCACAACAUUCUUUAUUCUCUACACAUGGCUUUAAGGGACUCUUGCUUCAUUUGGAGAUUUUAAAUGAAAGCUUUCAACUGAGCAGUUCCAUUUUAUCCUGGUAAAAACUUUGUUUUCACCUAACUAAAUCUUUUCUGCUUGCUUGAUCAUAUUUCUGUGAAAAACUUGUAUGUAUAUACACAGUAUUCCAUGUCUCAAAUAGUUAUAAAUAUUGACAUUAUUUAACAUUUAACUUAAAUGACGUCAUGGGAAUAUUUUGGGGUCUAUGCUUCUAUGCACUGAGCAGAAGCAGUAUUUGCUUAGGAGACUGGUUAAGAAAUCAGAAAUACUUUCCUAAAGAAGAAAAAGAAAAAUGGUGCGUGUCACUUUGGUUUGGAACUGCUUGUUAGAUUUUUAUUCCUUUAUAUGUCUCUUAAUUCUUAAAAAACAAACAAACAACAUUCCAUUAGAAGCACCAGUUUUUUAGCUCAAACUUUGUGAAUUAGACUGCACACUCAGCAGACUCUAAUGUAGUCAAAGGUAUACAAAACACACUGAUCUUUUUAAAGAUAUAGUAAUUUUCUGAAUUUUUUUUGUUAAAUUGUCACAAGUGAUUUGAUAGUCUUGCUUCCUUUCUCUGAUAUGAGUAAUACAAUAGGUGUAUCUGUUAUACUUUUUAUGAAUGGCAAACAUUCAAACUGUUGACUGUUAAAAAAAAGUUUCUUCCUCGUGAUGCAAAAUUUUUUAUAUAAAUGGGAGAACAUAGUACAUUUGAGUUUUUUGCAUUUUUAUAUAUGAGCACAGUAUUAUUCUGUGUUACAUAUAUAGGUAACAAACUGGAAUUCUGUUGAGGACUAUAGCUGCUGUAAGGUAUACUAAUAUUUAAUAGAUCAACAAAUGGUCAUUGAUAACACUUGUUCUGCAUUGGAAUAAAAUUAUAUAUAUAUAUAUAUAUAUACACACACACACACACUAGGAGAAUACCAUGACACUUGACUUUGAGAUCAGAAGGAAAGGAAUAACUAAAAGUCAUUCGAACAUUUUAGGAAAAUAACAUUGGAGGGGAAGAGUUACUAAGCACAUAGAAACAGGUAUUUAUCCUAACAAGGUCUGCCGCUGGACUCAAAUUGAACAAUUUGCUAAAGCAUAAAAGAAAUUUUAAGCUAAUGGGAUUUUUGUACUGUCUUUGUAGCUGUAGCUUUAAAAUCCAGUGUCUGUAAUUGUCAUGGAAAGUUUAAUUUGUAGUCAUUUCAUGCCUUUAAUGUAGUGUGGUGUGUGACAAACAACCUCAAAUGUGAAUGCCUUAUUUUUGUUUUUAUGAUGUUAGCCACAGCAUUUCCUGUUCCCAAAGCUAAACAAACACUGGAAUGAUACUGACUUGUCACUUAAUUUAACAUAAGCAACUGUUAAAGAACUUUGUCUCAGUGUCAUGUAUAUAUGUGAUUUUUUUUCUCUUCAUGAUUUUAUUUGAACAAAUGUAGACAGUUUAUAUGUUGCCUUUUUCUAUUCAAAUUUGCAUGGCCUCUUCAGUUGGUUGGGGAGUGUGUCCUGUCUGAAAACACUUUCAAGAUAAUAUUCCUUAGGAAGAAGUAACAUUCCUGGUUUGAGGGAAGGAAUGCUAUAUAUACUAUCUCCUCAGGCCUAAAACACUCCAGCUGGUAGCAGGAAAAAUGCAAAGGUCACACCCAUUUUCUGCAUUGAAAAACAAGGAAUAUACUUAGCACUUAAUUUUUUUUUUCAGUUCCAGUUUACUUUCUCCUCAGGUACAAAAGGUAGUCUGUGGUCAACAGUGGAGUUUUGCAAACUGCAUAUUGUAACUGACAGCUGUUUUUAACCUCAAGAUUGAAAAUAUUGACAGUUCAUGUAAAGUUUGAGUAAGGUUUUAGGUAGUGUCAGUAAGAGGCUGUUGUGCCACUGCUGAUAGUAGGGCCACACUAGGACCCCAUGUUGUCAAGACAUGUGGUUUUCAUAAGCAGAUCCUAUCCCAAGGGACAUGCCAUGCUACCAUGCUAUACUUCUAGGAGCUCUAAGGUUGACAGAUACUUCCAGAUCAGUGAAGUCCUAUAAUUUUCUCCAUCAGCAAAAGUAGAGGGAUAGAAAUGUUUGUCUAGAACUUUCCUAAAUCCUAGUGAUACAAAUGUGCUGAUAUUCAACACAGUCCUUAAACAACAUGAAAACUGCUGUGCUGACUUCCUCAACAGAACAUGGAAGAAAGCUGUGCUAUCCAUCUGGUUGUACAGCCAUUCUAGCCAAUUCUAUUUUCUGUCCCUCCAUGGUUCUGAUCGGAAAGUGCAGUCAUGGAAGUCUUAACCACUUAUUAUAGAAAUGAUGGCAGUAGCUAAUGAAAUAUACUUGGGAAAUCCAAACCAGUAUCUGUCUUUGUUUCUUAAAUUUUCAUUAAGUCAGAACAAGUGGAAGAAUAGUAUUUAGAUGAAUCCAGAUUUGCUUUCUGUGAAAUUUAAUGUCUGGAUUUUUUCCCAUUUCUCCUGGCCUAAGGAAUAAGUAUUGAUAAGGAAUGAUUUGAAUGUAAUUUUGUGAAUGUGUGGAAAAUAGAAACCAGGGUUAUAGCCUUAAUGAAGGUAACCAUUCUGAUGUCUGUUGUUAAUCCCCCUUUGUACUCUUGUACCUUGUAUCCGCACUGUUAUUUUGAGAUGUUAUACUGCACACCAUAUUGUAAAAAUAAAAAGUAAAAUUAUAUUUCAAAUUUAAAAAGCCACUGAGUACCUUGUCUUACGAUAUUUGUAUUCACUUCCAUUCAAGGUUUCCACAUAUAUAAAGACAGCUUUCUUCUUCCAAGUGUUUGCCAAAAGUAAUACUAUUGGAA